CCCAUCCCUUUUUCAAAAACCCAGAUGCUUGCCUACUAGACACUAGACACUUCAAUCAAGAGAUACCAGGGAGUGGACCUUAGACGACUAUGUCAGCAGUGACCGCCCAGCCCCUCCCCUUCGGCCGUCUGGAGAGAGAGAAGCACAUCGAGAGGUUCUUCAGAGCCUUCCACAGUCGAAGGAGGCUCUCCGCCGAUCCCCAGAGUUUGUCUUGCUCCAUACCCCACCACGGGCCACCUGACCUGGGCUCAGAGGACCAGCAGCUGGGCCUCGGCCCUGGUCAAGGGGAGAAUGGCCACGUGAGGCCCAGGGCUUCUGGAGGGCCAGAGAUAGCAGGGGAGCAUUGGUUGAAUGGUGCGGGUGGACAGGAGGGUCUGGCUCUCCUGGACGCAGUCAGCCAACUACGUAUCACAGCUAGGCCAGAGCUGCAAGGUCCACAAUGUGUGUCCCGCAGGACCUACAGCAUUGCCACCGGGGACAGCAGUGAGCAGCUCUUUGUGGCUGUAGAAGAGAGUUCCUGUAUGUGUCUGCAGUGCUGCGGCCCGGCCCGGUCCUGCUCCCUACAAGGUUUUGACCGCCAGGCCCGCCAGGUCUUCCUGUUUGAAAGACCCCUCAGGGUGGACGCGUGCUGCCUUGGCUGCUGCUUGAUGGAAAUGAGGGUCUACACCCCCCAACGGCAGCUCUUAGGGAGCGUACGGCAGAGAUGGAGUAUGUUCACCCCUCUCCUGGAAGUGUGUGAUUCCGAUGGAACCGCCACUGUAAGAAUCCAGGGAUCGUGCUGCCCCUACCGAUGCCUCUCUAACCAAGAAUUCCAGGUGGUCUCAGCCAUCGGUGAGAAAAUUGGCUCCAUAUGGAAGAAAUGGCCUGGGUUUAACGAAGAAUGCAACAUGGAUCAUGAAUACUUUGGGUUAGAGGUUCCACAGGAUAUGACAUCACAGACCAAACUUCUUCUGCUGGCGGCCACGUUCCUACUGAAUUAUAUGUUCUUUGAGAUGAGCUGAACUGAACUGGCACCAGACAAUCAGAGAUGAGAAAAUGUAGGUAAUCAAAAGUGGACCAUGAGAACUGCAGAGGUCAAAUGACCAUCGGCGAGUUUCACAGCUUCGCCCGAUGCCACGCCGCAGCAUCAUCAGAGAUGAUGAACACAUGGACAGUUGUUUGGGGGAGGGGUGCAAAUGUUAGCGACACCAAAGAUGUACUAGUCUGCAUGGCAUGACCUCCUUUCCUUUAUUUAGUUCUCAUUUAGUUGUCCUAGUAGAAGAGAUACAUCCAAUUAAACUUAAUAGAUACCUUG